AUGUUCAAUUCCAAUAUAAUGAUGCCCUUAACAACAGGCAGGCUUCACACAGUCAAACAAGCUUUGGAUUUAAACAUAUAUGAAACUGUUGAUCUGAAAGUUAAAAUAAUGAUCAACUCAGAAAACAAACAACCUAUACUCCAAGGAGACAAAACAAAGUACAAAAUGGGUUCAAUAGUAGCAGAUGACACUGGUACAGUAAAACUAGUUCUGUGGGAAGAUACUAUUGAUAAACUCCAUAUUGGUAAAUGCUAUCAGAUCCAAAAUUGUAAAAUCAGGGUCUUUGACAACUCCAAAUUUCUCAACACUAAUGAAUUCACCAAAAAAACAGAAAUUGAUGAAAUCCCUAACAUCAACCUGGCGACACCUGAAUUGCAAGACAACAUUGUUACUGGUCAAUGCCUUGGAGUUGACUUGAAAUGCACCACCUCUUCCAUUUGUUGCAAUAAAACCAUUGAUGAAACAAAUGAUGAAGCCGACACAGUUACAUAUCCGAACUGCAACAUGACACUCAUCAAAGAUGUUCUUCAAACUAAAGUUGUCGCUAAACUACUAAUGAAAAUUGAUGAAAAGCUGGUCAAUUAUACAGCCUUUAAUGAUGCCAUCCAAAGCUUCAUGUCCAACAUCAAAUGUAAAACAAGCUUUAUGGCCCGCCAUGUGUUAAAAAAAUUCCGAAAUCUCGGAAUGGUUCCGAAAAUUUCCCAAUGA